CCACGUUUCCAGGUCCGUGUCUCCCACCACGACGUCUCAGAUACAAGCCAGGAAGAAGAGGAGAGGGAUCAUCGAGAAGCGGCGCCGGGACCGCAUCAACAGCAGCCUCUCCGAAUUGCGGCGCCUGGUGCCCACCGCCUUCGAGAAGCAGGGGUCUUCCAAGCUGGAGAAGGCAGAAAUCCUCCAGAUGACAGUCGAUCACUUGAAGAUGCUUCAUGCCACUGGAGGAACGGGCUUCUUGGACGCUCGAGCACUGGCCGUGGAUUACAGGAGCAUCGGCUUCCGCGAGUGCCUCACUGAGGUCGUCCGGUACCUGGGCGUCCUCGAGGGCCAAAACGCCGCCGACCCCAUCCCCCUGCGACUACUGUCUGAAAUAUUUAGGGCCGAAAGGGAGCCGUCGCCGGUGGCCACUUCCCUCGUGCCCAUCCAGACGUGGCCGUGGUCCUUCCUCCACGGCGCCGCUGGCCCCGUGCAGAUCCCCAGGCGGGAGGCUGCUCCCGCGCCGCUUGUUUUGACUGCAUCUUCCCUGCCCUACCCCACAGCCGUGCCCAGGAUGCCGUCACCAGCGGGGGUGUUGAGAGAGGGCUCAUCCAAGAGCAGCCAAAUCGCCACCUUCCUCUUCUCGCCGGCCUCCGCCGGUGUCCCCGUGCCACCGGCUUACACGGCACCUCCGGCCUUGGGCGCUGCCGCGCAGGGACCCGGGGUCAGGGUUGGGACAUCCAGGAUCUGCCGUGCCUGGGCGACUGAAAUCGGGGCUUUCUGA